AUGUGGGGCGGACAGAUGGAAAACCGGGAGCAGCAGCCGGAGGUGCCGAGCCAGUCGAUCGUGGCGCUGGGGCAGAUGCUGGCGGGGAUCGCUGCGAUGCAGAGGGACCAGGCGGAGAUGAACCGUUCAGUUCAUGGGGGAGCUUCAGUCCAGGCGGAGAGAGGCAAGCGUUCUCGCCCUGGAGCAGCUCGCAGCACGGACAGCUGCGGUUCCACCGCCGGCGGCUUCCUCCGCGUGUAUAGACGUGGCCCUUCACCGGAUAACAGCAGGGGACGAUGCCCAGUCCUUCCUCGACUUGUUCGAGGCAACAGCGGAGGUAUGUGGCUGGCCUGCUGCCGAUGUGGGCGGUCCGGCUCUUGCCUCUGCUGGCUGGGGAGGCACAGACAGCGGCCUUGGGGACUCCCCCCGGCAGCCAGGCAGAGCUAUCCGAAUGUGCGCAAGGCGGUGAUCGACCGGAUGGGCCUGUCCCCAGAGGACCACCGGCGGAGGUUCCGUGAGGCCAGGCUGGGGCGAUGGCUACAACCCGGGGGUCCGGGAACGGCGCUGGAGGUGGUGGAAAAGCUCGUCCUCAAGCAGUUUGUCGGUGGAUUACCGUCCGGGACCGCGGCGUGGGUCCGCUGCCACCGGCCGUCGCUGCUGGUGACUGCCAUCACUCUAGCGGAGGACCACCUGGCGGUUCAUUCACCUGGUAAGGGGGGACAGCGGUCUCAUGCCGGCUUCGUUCCGGCCAACACCUGCCCCGCGGAGGAGGCCACCCACACAGGCCCUGGCGGGGUCGACGCCGGCACAGUGUCCGGCACCCCCUCCCGCGGGUCCCCGAGCUACCGCCCCACCCGACAAGCACCGGCACUCUUCCUGACCUACGGUUCUCGAACACCAGGGCAGGAGUGUUGGAGAUAUGCCCGAGCGCCUUCAGAGGGCGUUACCCCCUCUGUUGACUCGGAACCCCCUGAGCUGUCAGCUAUCCCUUCGGUGUAUCAGGAUCUUUGUGAGGCCUUUAGCAAGAAGCAGGCUCUUUCCAUACCCCCGCACCGGCCCUAUGACUGUGCCAUCAACCUGCUGCUUGCCGGUGAGCCUCUGGCCCUGCAAUCGGGAGGGGAUGUUGUGAUCGGAGGGCUUUUCCCUCUGCAUUAUGUGGCUCCUAAGCAACAGCAAAGUUACCACAGAAAACCUCGGAACACACCUUGCGGAGGCUUUGACCACAGAGCCUUCCGCUGGAUAAUGACCAUGGUGUUUGCAGUGGAGGAAAUAAACCGUAAUUUGAGCCUGUUACCAGGGGUUCAUUUAGGCUAUAGGAUUAUGGACAGCUGUGACCAUGUCCACACCGGCCUGAAAGCUCUUUUGUCUUUAGAAAAUGAAACAGGGGAGACAAUAGAUAGGAGUACACCGUCUCAAACUUUGCCCACAUGUCUGGCUGACUCUCCUGUGCCGGCUGUGAUUGGCCUUGCAUCCUCUUCCCCUACAAGAGCUGUAGCUCACACCCUUGGCCCUUUUAACUUCCCACUGGUGAGUUAUUUUGCCACUUGUACCUGUCUCACUGACAAGUCUAAGUACCCAUCAUUCUUGCGGACUGUGCCAAGUGAUCUCUUUCAAGUUAGAGGUCUUGUUCAGAUGGUCACCUACUUAGGCUGGUUCUGGGUGGGCACAAUAGGGACCACGGAUGACUACAGUCACUAUGCUAUCCAAGAAUUUUCCAGCCAGUUUAGACAACAAGGUGGGUGUCUGGCAUUUCAUCUAACCAUCCCGAAAUUACCCACAGCGGCAGAGAUACAAGAAAUAGCAGACAGGAUACAGAGUUCAACCGCAGUGGUAGUGGUGGUGUUUGCUAGAGUGGGAGAGCUGCUGGACUUGAGCUUAGAGCUGGCUCAGAGAAAUGCGACAGGAAUCCAGUGGGUAGCUAGUGAAGCCUGGGUGACCGCUAGCCUGCUGACCUCACCCCGCUUCCACUCUCUCUUAGAGGGCACGCUGGGCUUCUCCUUCCCCGGAGUCAGGAUCCCAGGCUUGAAAGAGUUCUUGUUGAAUAUCCGCCCUUCUCCAAAACCUGGGAUGGCAUUUGUCAACAUGUUCUGGGAAGAGCUGUUUAGAUGCAGGCUAGAGUUUAAAGGAAACCAAUCAGCUGAUGCAAACUAUAAAGGUGCUGCUGAAAAGCCUGUAUGCACUGGUUCAGAGGAUGUGAAGGACAUUGACAGCAGCUUUACUGAUGUAUCUCAGGUCAGAGUAUCCUAUAAUGUUUAUAAAGCUGUAUAUGCCAUCGCCCAUGCUCUUCACACUUUAUUAAACUGUGAUUCUGGAGAACAUUACGGAAGGUGUGAGAAUCGUAAAACAUUCACUUCUAGGCAGUUGCUGCAAUAUCUGAAGAAAGUGAAUUUCACCAACCAGUUUGAGGAGAAGAUUUCUUUUGACUCCAACGGAGAGCCGGUCCCUCUCUAUGACAUCAUUAACUGGCAGAAGGACAGCAAGGGAGAAAUUAGAUUUAUAAAAGUGGGAAGCUAUGAUGGUUUCGCUCCAUUAAAAGAACAGUUGCAGAUAAAGCAGAGCACCAUUGUGUGGACAAGUGGACAGUCAGAGGUGCCUGCAUCUCAGUGUAGUUCUCCAUGCUCCCCUGGCAGCAGACAGGCCAGACGUCCAGGAGAGCCCCACUGCUGCUUUGAUUGUUUGCCCUGUGCAGAUGGAGAGAUCAGCAACCAGACUGGUUCCACUGAGUGCACAAAAUGUGCUGAAUACUACUGGUCAGACAGAGACCAGGUGAAAUGUGUGGCUGGGGUCGAAGAAUUCCUGUCUUUCCACAACAUCAUGGGCAUCAUCCUGGUCACACUCACACUGCUGGGUGUUGUCCUGACAACCAUCGUCACUGCUGUCUUUCAACGUUUCCGUUCCACACCGAUCGUCAAAGCCAACAACGCAGAAAUAAGCUUCCUGCUUCUCCUGUCGCUCAAGCUGUGCUUCUUGUGUUCCCUGGUGUUCAUUGGCCAGCCAUCUGUGUGGACAUGUAGGCUCCGCCAGGCAUUAUUCGGGGUUAGCUUUGUCCUCUGUCUUUCCUGCCUCCUCGUUAAGACCAUAGUUGUUCUCUUGGCUUUUCAUGCUAAUGCACCUGGUUCGAGGGCCCUGAAGCAGUUUGGUCUCUCUCAACAGCGGACCUUGAUCCUCUGUACUACAGCUCCUCAGAUUAUUCUCUGUGCCGGUUGUCUUUUGGGUGCACCUCCUUUCCCAUUCAAGAACCCAAACUACCAUGCCUCAACUAGAAAAAUUGUUGUGGAGUGUAAGGAGCCAUGGCCUCCUGGAUUUUAUCUGGUCCUGGGCUACAUUGGUCUACUGGCCUUCGUCUGCCUCAUCCUGGCGUUCCUUGGACGCAAGCUACCCGAUACCUUCAAUGAGGCAAAGCUCAUCACCUUCAGCAUGCUGAUCUUCUGGGCUGUUUGGAUCUCUUUCAUCCCAGCUUAUGUCAGCUCUCCUGGAAAGUUCACUGUGGCUGUGGAAGUAUUUGCUAUAUUAGCCUCCAGUUUUGGACUGUUACUAUGUAUUUUUGUGCCAAAAUGUUAUAUAAUAUUACUGCGGCCUCAAAGAAACAUUAAGAAAGGGAUGACGAGAAAAUAUCUCACAUGA